AAAUCAAAUUAACUGAUUCAUUAAUUUGUGCAUUAUAAACAUUUAAAAAACACAAAAUCAGGGCUUGUUAAUGAUGUUACGCCAUUGAUCCCGACAUGGAUCUAGCAACCCAGUCACGUGGUCUCUUAGCGACCAAUAAGACAGGUUUAAGCAUUAAAUUACAACAGUUCUCAAGUAAACGUCAAAGUAACAAUUUGUUAAAAGACUAGUGUUUUGUGUUACUUAUUGUUAUUGUUAAAAUAAAUAACAGUGAAACUAACAAGCGUGGGGCAACAGGAGGCGCAAUGCCCGUCGGCAGCCUAACGGGCACUUAUCGAUCCCUGACCGGUUCGAAUGCUGUUUACCGGUCCACAACGAUGGUGCCGACCGGCGCCGGGCCGCAGCCGCCGGGCCAGUCCGGCUCUGGCGGCCUCGGCCUUCUAGAUGGGUUCAAGAAAGCUUUUAGCUUUGUCUCUGGAACCUACAGCAACGCCGAGCCGGACGGAAGGGAAGAGAGACUCCUUGGAGAUGGGAGUGGACAGAGGACGAGCAUUGCUAGCGGCAGGACUGAUAGUGCUAACACUAACACAAACAGAAAAAUGCCCUCUUCCGGAUUAGCUGAAGAGGCGGCCCUUUUGGGUACUAUGCCUUCUGACAGCAUGGACGACAUUGAGCUGAAGAACAUCCAACUCCAAUUCCCGACUGCCAGAUCAUUAUCCAGGGACGACUCGUCUGUCAUGGAGGAAGUCGUCGAAACAGAUCGUGGAAACGUGGUGGUUGCUGUACAAGGUUCCAGGAACAAGCCUGCCAUUUUGACGUACCAUGAUCUUGGAUUAAAUUAUGUAUCCAAUUUCCAGGCAUUUUUCAAUUACAUUGACAUGAGAGCUUUAUUGGAAAAUUUCUGCGUCUAUCACAUCAACGCACCAGGACAGGAAGAAGGUGCUCAAACACUUCCAGAAGACUACCUUUACCCAACGAUGGACGAACUUGCUAACCAAGUCUCGUACGUAAUGACCCAUUUCGGUCUGAAACAGUUCAUAGGAUUCGGCGUCGGCGCAGGUGCGAAUAUUCUCUGCCGGUACGCCCUGAAUCGUCCAGAACACGUUUCGGCGCUGUGUCUGGUCAACUGCGCUAGUACUCAAGCUGGUUGGAUAGAGUGGGGGUACCAAAAACUUAAUACUAGACAUCUGCGUUCGAAAGGAAUGACCCAAGGUGUUUUAGAUUAUUUGAUGUGGCAUCACUUUGGUAGGCAAACCGAAGAACGAAACCAUGACCUAGUUCAAGUUUACAAAAGUUAUUUCGAACGAAACGUAAACCCCACCAACUUAGCUCUCUUUAUCGACAGUUACGUCAGAAGGACAGAUCUCAAUAUCCACAGAGAAAUGGAUCCACUCAAAAAGAAGAAUGCGAGCUUAGCGAUGCCUGUGAUGAAUAUAACUGGCUCUAUGAGUCCUCACAUGGAGGAUACUGUCACGUUCAAUGGAAGACUUGAUCCAACUAACUCAUCUUGGAUGAAGAUUUCUGAUUGCGGUAUGGUAUUAGAAGAACAACCGGCGAAAGUUAGCGAAGCAUUUAGAUUAUUCCUACAGGGCGAAGGAUACGCUAGUUCAGUGAAACUGUGUCCAAGGAUAGAACCUGUGUUGGAGAAAUACUAGACGAAAUUUUUGAUUACCUAUCGGUUGAAAUUAUGUUAUUCGACUGUUUAUUUUUAGCAAAAAUCUGAAAUGUUAAUGAAUAAUGAUGAGUAAUGAUGUUAAAGCAAAUAAAGACAGCUAAGUGCAACAACGGCUUCUCACGCUUUCAUAAUUUUUUAGGCUUUUGUAUGUGAAUGAAAUUCCUAUAACCUAUACAACGCCGAGGCUAAUAUCUAGAGGGACUUCUUCCUCUAUUGUUUUAAAGAAGUUCUUGGUGGAACUCCUAAGUAGAGCACAGAGCUUCAGUGAAAAUGCGCUAUCGAGUUCUAUUUUGCGCUAAGGUCUUUGCCUCAUUUCAAGACUUUCCUGGACCUCUUAUUGUUCGGUCAGAUGUAAUAGAUCUUCGUUUCUGAUGAUGUUAGGCCAGAAAAUACGUUAAAUUCUUCGCAGACAUUCGUCAAUAAAAACCUGCAGUUUGUCUAUAAAGAUUUUUGAGGUAUACUGGUCAGAUAUCCAAAUAUGGUUGAGCAUGUUGAAUGCUUGUUGAGAUUUUCGUAUCCUCAUACGAAUAUUAUUUUCUGUGCCUCCGCUUUAUGUUAUGACACUUCCAAGAUACGUAAAAUUUUCCACAAUUUCAAUCUGCAUGUUGUUAAUAGUAAGCCUUAUCUUGUUUCUUCCAUUUAUUCUCACGGGUUUGGUUUUAUUAAUAUUGAUUUUAAAACCUAUUUUAUUUGCUUCAGUGGAAAGUUUCCAAUUUGUCAGCCACGUCUUGGAACCUUUCUCCUCGCAGGCAGAUAUCAUUGGCGUAUUCUAGAUCGCUUAGGCGUGUGGUUAAUUUCCAUUGUAUAACUCUUGUGUCGGAGUCUAGUUUGGAGAGAACAUAGUCUAUAGGUAUGUUAAAAAAAGGAGAAAGCACGCAUCCCUGUCUGACUCCAGUAUGUUAAAUUCGUCACUGUUGAUCCCAUUGUGUGUCACGCUGCAUUUCGCCUUAGUGUACAGUAACUUUAUAAUGGAAAUUAUUUUUUGCGGGAUGCUUUUUAGCUGUAAAAUUUUCCAUAGAGCAACAUGUGAUAAGCUGUCAAAGGCACGCUCGAAAUAGACAAAAACUAUAUGUAAGGGUAUGUUCCAUUUAAACGAUUGUUCCAAUAUUCCCCUCACAGUAGUCACCACCAAACAGAGCAUAAAUGAUGAUACUAGGCCAUCAAUUAUUAAAGUACUUGCUAUCUUAAAAAAUACGAAAGCAUGUAAGACUAAUACUAAGAAUUCUUGAAAAUAAAGGCCAAGAAUGCAAUUUACAGACUUAUGCUCGAAAAUAUUAACUAAAAUAAAAAAAGCACAACAGUGGCUAAAAUCUACAUUUUUAACAAUGAGAAGUCUCAGGCAAGGGGUUUUUGAAAAUUAGUCUACUGUAACCUCGGAUACAAAAUUGUCGUUGCUCUCUUUGUCUAUGGCAUUGUAUGUUGAGUUCAUUGCCCUUAAUUUUAGCGCCGUAGUAUCUACUUGACUAUUCGAAAACUAUUCGUUUAAUAGAGUGAAAAAAACAUUUCUUGGUUGACUCAACGUAGUUACUAAUACAAGAAAUAGAAAUAGUCGUAUCUUUUGCCCUAGCAUAAAUACAUUUUCACGCUUACUGUCAUGUAUAUACACGUUUUUCUCAAAAUUUGUUUGACCUUAGAGAUACACCCGAAGCAGCCGGAAUUAAUAGAGUGUUCUGUGUACUUGUGAAAACACGCAGAUUGGACAGACCAAAAGAAGCAAUGGCAUCCACAUAAAUGAACACAAAAUAAUUUGUUGUUUAUAAUUCACACAUGCAAUAUUUGUGUGUCUUUCUCUUUGUGUGUACGGAGAAGUUUGUUUUCGGAGUUUGUCCAAAUUGUUCAAAUUGGACUUUCUGUUUCCAAAUUUAUGACACCAUAUAUCUAAUGUAACAACUAAUACAAUGUGUCACUAAGAAAUUAGUACCUUUUCUUGUAUUAUAUUUGUAAGCUUUAGCUGGCUGUUCUGGCUUUCAAAAUAACAUAUAUAACACUCACGUAGACUCAUAACUUAGCUGUCUUUAUAUCCUUAACCUAUUUUUUAUGUAUAAAAGAAACCUACAACAAGGCAUAACAGUAAUCCUGUGUUAUCGACACAUAAUUAUUAUGAUUUGAAUCAAUUUUAUACCCGGAAAACUUAAGACUAAAAUUAGAAUGUCUUCUAUAAAAAAUAUGUAUAGAUAAUUUAAAGAAUAUUUAGUAUAUGUUACGUAAUUUGUGCUUAUGUGGGCCUUUGUUUAAGUUGAGUUGAAGUUGAGUCGAUUUGGUGUAAGGAAAAUUUGUUAGCAGCAUUUAUUUCAGCACCUUCGACUUAUAGGCACGUGUCUUUCUAAUUGAAUGCAUCCAGCCUUAGAAGACUGGCUGACAGCUGUCAUAAUUGGCAUCACAGCUUGGUAUGAGCCAAAGACUUCAUCAGAACAAUCCUCCAUUGACCCAUCUCUCUGACAACUCGUCUCCAUGCUCUACCUCCAAUAGAUUUUUAAGUCGUCCUCUAGGAUGUCUUGAUAUCUAAGUCGUGUUCUUCCUCUGGCUCGUUGUCCCAUCAGCCCUCUUCGGUCAAAACCUUUUCUGACUGUUGCACUUUCCUCUCGCCUGAUUACAUACCCUAUCCAUCUAAAGCGUGCUACCUUAAGGAAUUUUACAGGUUCAUCGAAACUUCUAUACAACUCCAAUCUUGCUCUUUUAUUCUUCCAUUUAUUCUUCUUACAGUACAGCGAAAUACAUCAAAACAGUAAGCGAAUACAUCUACCUGAGACAGAUAAUGAAAGUUAACAAAAAAAUCAACCUGCAGAAAUUACCAGAAUAAGGUUAGCGUGAGCAUGAUUUGGAAAACUGAGUUGGAUCUUAAAAAACACUAAAAUAGAACACUAUUUGAAAACCAGAGUUUACGAUCAGUGUAUCCUCCCUAUACUCACGUAUGGUUCACAGACGUGGACACUCACCAAGCCUAAUAUGGAUAAAAUAGUAAAGGCACAAAGAGCGAUGGAAAGAUCAAUGCUCGGGCUGAGACUUGUAGACAAAAAAUAAACAAAUGGAUUAGAAGCAAAACCAAAGUAAAAGACGCAGGACACAAUGGAGUUUCGCAAUGGACCUUCCAUUAAUAAUGUUAAUAAUAAUAAUUCUGUCUAAUUAAUAGACAAUGGUGUGGUUCCACGGUAGAAGAACUAUUUCGCGCAGCAGCCGAUAGAGGUUUCAGGAACUUGUAAACAUGAUGACGGCCAACGUCUGAAUACAGACACGGUACUUGUAGAAGAAGAAGGUCCUUCUGUGUAGGGCACCAGGUUUCUGCUCCAUUUGUUAGCUCUGGUCUUAUUAGUAUUUUAUAGACGGCCACUUUAAUUUUUCUGGGUAGUUUUGGUUUUGAGGCCAUCUGUCUUCUCGAGCCACAGUAACACUUAUUGGCACCAGGUUUCUACCCCAUUUGUUGGCUCUGGUCUUAUUAGUAUUUAUAGACGGCCACUUUAAUUUUUCUAGGUAGUUUAGGUUUUGAGGCCAUCUGUCUUCUCGAGCCACAGGAACACGUAGUGGCAAGCACUAUUCUUCUUUUUUAUUCGUUGACGUUGUUAUCUCUAGUCAAUAGUGAGCCUAGGUAUGUUGUUAUAUUGGGGUUAGUCAGAACCUUCGAAGCCGCAACUUAGGGAAUACAAAGGCGAACACCUUUGAGCUAUCUGAUAGGAGUGACGUCGUGUAAACUAGCUGAAGGAGCUUAUAAGAGCUGUCAACAGAAGUUUCUUACACAGAACGUACUCAACCUAUACUAUUAUUGUUUUGAUGAAUUACUCUUUUUGGUGUUUAAUUCAUAUAGAAUAUUUUUAUAGAUCUCUGUAUAAAUAAUGCGAUGUGAAGAUUAAAUCCAAGUAUUGGAUUUUUUAUUCCAUGUUAAUCUUUCUGAUAAUAAGACAUUAUUGUGUAAUAAUAAUAAAUUAAUAUAUGCUUCAAGAUUAGAAAACGGAAUCAUACACUGCCGAAUGAAUAUACAUAUUUAGAUAUUCAGUAUUCAGAAAACGUAUUUCUUUUUCUUUCUUUUAAAUAUAAUAAAUAAAACACUUUAUUAACGCUUAAAAGUUUCGACUAUCUUCGCCAUUUUCAAUAAGCACUUUAAUGAUACACAUUAUAAUUAUUACUUAAAUAUAAAAUUUAAACCCAAUGUUAAUAGAGAUCAGCAGUCGGAUGCUGUUUAUAAAGUGAAUUAUAGAGACUGUAACUCAACAUAUAUAUUGGGCAAACACACCAAUAUCUAUAUAGAAGGGUUGUUUCACACAAAAAUAAUGUUCAAACCAACAAAUUAAACACUACAGCCUUAGCAUUCUACAGAAACUUACAAUGCUUUUGACUUUGAAAAUGUACAUAUUUAAAAAAAGAUAAUAGAACUACAACAAUCUAUGUAUAUUUGAGCCUCUAAAGGCCUGAAAAUUGGCCUUUAAGUAAAACUCAGAUUUGUUUGAACUUUCAAGUUUUUUCAAAGUCAUUAUCAAAAACAUACUGAAAAUAAUAACUACAUUAUAAACUAAAAUUGUAAUUAAUAUACAGGCUUACCCUUGUGAAGAUACAUUUUAGGUUGGUUUAACAUGGGACAGAAGAAGAAAACGAAAAAAAGAAAAGAGAAAAAAGAAAACGAAACAGCAACAUUCUUUUACCUGUCUGUCACUGUUCCAAUGCUUCUGCAACCUUCAUCGCAAGCUGUGGCAUAGCUUAUUUUACCAUUAUCAAUUGUAAUUUCGUUGCUAAAUCUACCUUUACAUUUAGUUACAUACAUUUAGGAAUCUUUCUUAUAAUCCUUGUGUUUAAAUCUAGAAUUAUAUACGUUUUAAAAACUGAAUCUGAACUGAAUAUCUGAAUCUGAGUAGUUAUUGUGCUUUACAUAAAAAUGAAAAUAAAACGAAAAAAGUGAUUGUAUAAUUGCGAGAAACGAAUUAGGCAGACUAUUUUCUGUCAAGCACAAAAGAAUAUUACCAAAAAUAUUAUUCAAAAUGUAUUCCUCGGAAUAUGACAAUCAGAAUAUAAUAUAUUCAACCCUAUACAAUCAUAUUAUGAUGAUGAGUACAGCAUUAAAACCAGAGGAAGUAAGAAUAAAUAAUGAAAUUUAUAUUUAGACAAAAAAUUGGAAAUAUUGAAAUAUUAUCACAGAGAGUUCUGUAAAUAUAGAUCAAGCAGAUUUUCCAUUUUUAAUAUUCUUCAUUCUUAGAUGUAUCACAGGCAUUCUUAUUAGUGUGCUACUUCGAUACUUUAUUGAUAGUUUUUAUAUUCAGUCUUUAGUACUAUAAAAUUAUAUCUGUGUUCCAAGUCUUCCAGUCAAUUGACACUUAUUUUAAUAAAUACAUGAUAUGUAAUAUUUUCCUCUUAAGGGGCAGUUAUAAGAUUUAACAUCCCGCUGCCCUAUAAUUUUUCUAUCCCCUUUUUAAUUGUGAUCGGUGACUAUCUUUAGUUUUACCAAAUCACUCUAGCUCCCUAGUUAAAUGAAACGCAAUCUGUUCUUAAGCAUGCUCCAGAUUGAGAUAUUCAUAGGAGUAAUUUCUGGCGAACUGGGAGGUCACGGUUUGUUUCCACUUUCGCCAUGUGUUACAAGCCUGCAUAUAUAGUACAAAAAUGCCAAAAAUUAUUGGAAAUACAUUCUUGUUGUCACAUUCUGAUGAAAAAUACUGAAGUAGUAUUAAUCAUAAGUCUUUUGAUUUUAUUUUCCCAUUAAAUAUACUGUAGAUGUUAAAAUAAAAUAAUUAAAGCAAUGUAUACCAUG